CAGUCAGACAGGUGGAAUGAGCUGAAUGAAGCAGAAAUGAUGAUUUUAAACUGAAUCUUAGAAUAAAUUCAUGUUUUGUAUCAAACCGCGGCUCCGUGGAUUCAGCAGAUCACAGCUGCAGGCUGGGACAGGCCUGGAUCUGCCUGCAGCUGACUGCAUUUCAUCAAAACAAUCAGCCGAAUUGACAGGGAGCCUCUGUAGUCUGUAAUGGACCCAAGUUUGUUCUGACAACAGUAACUGGACCUCUGGAGAACCAAGGAAAGAUUAAAAUCAGGGAGAUUCUCGACCAGGUUCUGCAACGUUUCACUUUGUGGAAUUCUGGAUGCAGGUCAGCAGGCCUCUGGUGGAGGUGGUCCGCCUGGGCCUGGUGUCCUACCAGGAGGGUCUGCGGCUGCAGCAAGUCUAUGUAAACCGGCUCCGGUCCAGUCCGGCUCACGCCCUGCUGCUGUGUGAGCACCCGCCCGUCUACACCACCGGGAUCCGACACGAGCCGUARCCCGGUGCCCUGCUGGACCGGCUCCGGCUGCUGGGGGCCGACGUGCACCGCGCCAACCGAGGAGGACUCAUCACCUUCCACGGCCCAGGACAGCUGGUCUGCUACCCGGUUCUGAACCUGUGCAGUUUCAAAAAGAGUGUCCGUUGGUACGUGGGUCAACUGGAGCGGACCAUCAUCACCCUCUGCAGCAGGUUCGGCGUGGAAGCCACGACCUCUCCUCACACCGGAGUUUGGGUCGGAGACCAGAAGAUCUGCGCCAUCGGGGUCCACUGCGGCCGCUACGUCACGUCUCACGGUCUGGCUCUGAACUGCAACACUGACCUGUCCUGGUUCGGCCACAUCGUGCCGUGCGGCAUCGAYGGGAAGGGCGUGACGUCGCUGAGCCGCCAGCUGCAGAGGGACGUCAGCGUGGAAGAGACCGUCCCUCACCUGCUGGACGCCUUCACACAGCAUUUCACCUGUCGGCUGACGGACGGGGACACACCUGAGUCUGAAGAGGACAGCGGCYUSUCGUCGGCGUAGAGGUGUAUGAAGUUAUGUGCUGAACAAUGUGCAGAAGCAGAAUGAAUUAUAGUUUCACACUAUAUAUAAAGUUUAUUAAAUAUACCUKAUUUAUUAACGACAGAACCGAUGAGAACAGAAAGAUGUUUAAAAACCAUUUCCUUCACAAACAGAAACACAAAUCUUUCUGAAAAUCCCUCCUGGUCUGAAGGUUUUGAUCUGAAACUGAAUUUUGUUUAUUUAAAAAUAUUAAACAUGUUUUUCUUA